CUUCGACAAAUGGCAGAGUUCCUCAUGAUGGCGUCUGGAAAGAUGGGCCCUGCUGCUGUCUCUGCUCCUGCUCCACCUCCUGCCCCUCCAGCCAAAGCUACUCCUGUAAAGUCUCACAGUGUCUGUGUGGGCAGUAGUCCUGUGAAACUGGUUGACCACAGCCUCAAUACUUCUGGCCUGUUUGAGAGGAAGAGAGAAUUCUCUGUGGCUGAUUCCUGCACUACGACUGACCCGCUCCUCUGGAAUUUACCUCCAGGCAGCCUGGAGUCCCUCUCAAGACAGGAGCUGGAACAGAGGUUAAUGUCUAGCAUGACGAUGGUUGAGGCCCUGGUGCAACAGCUGACUGCAGCGAGGGCACAGGGAUGUCCGCUUGCAGGCCCUGCUCCUUCAGACCUCCGGGAGAAACUCGUGCAGACAGACCACACCGAACUCAGUCAGACCACAAUGUAUAGAGACCUGUAUGUGGAAGCUUUGAGUCGGAUUGGGGAGUUGGAGCUUGAUGGGAGUUCUCUACAAAACCUUAUCCAGAGUCUGCAAGACAUGAAGGUCACCAUGACUUCUGUCAGAAGUGACACAGACGCUGCUCUCUCUAACAUGAAUGAAAUUGGUGACAUAGUCAGAGAGGACCAUCAAAGCCUCAUUUCACAUUAUGGGCACAUGAAGUCUCUACUUGAGAAAUCAAAGGACAUACAGAGCAGAAUGAUGCAGAAGGUCAAAGAAGCUCUUCAUCAGAGAAAUGACAUGAGGACUCAAAUGGAAGAAGCCUUCAUGGCAAAGGAGGCAGCUUUCAGUGCGAUGGAACAGCUGAGGACACACUGCGCCACAGAAAUUUCACUUCUGGAGAAGAGUGUGGGGUCUCAGCAAGAGCUGCUGGCCGCCCUAAACCAGAGCUAUCCAGAACUGGUUGGGUUAAACAAGGCUUAUAAUGCAACCCUGGACUCUGCUUCAGAUCUUUUGAGUGAAACCAUGGAUGAACAGUCCUCUUUGAUGAAAGAGCUCUUCAUGGUCAGGAGCCUUCUGCAAAAAACUGCUCCCAUGCUCCUGAAGCUGAACGAGAAAGCUGCUGCUGCUUUGAGAGAGAGAGAUGAGCACAUUUCUGCAAGAGACCAAGCUGUUGAAGAGCGAGAGCAGAUUGAAGAAGAACUGAAUGAAACUCAUUUGAAUUUCCAAGCUGCCAGGGAGCAGAUUGGAGAUUUAAAUCUGCAGGUGACAAUUCUGACAUCAGAGAUGGGUGUACUGCGAGAGAAGUUGACUGAAAAAGAAGAAGAGACGGGUCAGCUAGAGAGGAAGGUGACGGAGCUGUCUGCUACAGUUUCCUCCACGCUGGCAUCCUACACUUUCUUGGAGCAGGCCCUGGCUGCUGAGACUACAAAGUUGCAGGAGUCGUGGAAAGACAAACAAGAGGCUAAGGAUCGGGCAGAUGACUUGGAGGCAUCACUGCGUCAGUCGGAGCAGCGGGUGUGCGAGUUGAGUCGGGCUCUGGCUCAGAGUGAGGAGCAGCUCGGUCAGCUGCAGUCCCUCUCACAGUCUCAGAGUCUGCAGAUCCAGCAGCUCCAGGAUGUCUGUACACAGCUCAGCGGUGUGCGGGAAAUGAAUGAGUUCCUACAGAUGGAGAACGAGUUGGCGAGGGAGCAGAUGGCAGAAAGUGAGCGUAUGCUGAGGGAAAACCUGCAGAGCCUUCGGGAGAGGAACAUCCAGUGUGAGGACAUGAAGAAAGAAGUUUGUCAACUUAAGCUUGAGAACGGGAAUCUGCAGGAAGAACUUAAAGCCACAAGGUCCAGAGCCAGGUCAGCAAACCUGGAGCUUGAAGAGAAGAUGGCUCAGGCGGUCACGGAAAUCACUUUGCUGCAUCACACACUGAGGGGACUGACCAACAAGCUCCAUGAUGAACUUGAUGAAAAGAAACCACAGAUGUGUGAAGAGUCUCAGUCAGUCCACAGCGUGGAGCGUUGUGCCUCCUUUGUCAACAGCAUCAUGGUGGCAUCAACUGAUGAGAGAGAGGAAGAGGUCAAAACAGACACUCCUGCUGAAACAGUCCCUUCAGACACUCUCGAGCCACAGUGUGAAACUUUGUUCAGCGAGACGAGCGCCUUCACCCGCAUCGCAGCCAUCACUCCUAAAAAGAAUAUGAGCAAAGUCGAGAUUCAACCAGAGGAAGAGGAGCAGAGCCACCUGGCGGAGCUGCUUACUAGCCUGGGCAGCACCGUCACCGAGCUCGUCGGCACUCUGAAGCUGGUGCAGCAGCACAGAGACGCUCAGCUGGAGGAGCUGCAUGGCCAAAUCUGUGGCCUGCAGGUGGAGCAGCGUGCUGCAAAGAACAGACAUGAAGCUGAGGUUUUUGAGCUCAAGCAUCAACUCAGCCGUCUGAGUCAGCUGGUUGAGAAGGCAAAUCAGGCUCUGCAGCAGAAAACUCAGGAUGAGAAAACGCUGGCUAAGUUGAUGGUUGAAGUGCAAGACACACAGGAAAUCCUAAAUAAACAGAAGACUGACAAUAAUGAAUUGAGAAGGGAAAUUACUGAGCUUCGUCGCGCUCUCCAGCAGUCGAAGGUGGAGUCUGAAUUCCUUCGGGAUGAACUGAGGAAAGCUGGCGGCCAGUCGACUAAACCGGAACAUUUCAUGGAAGAGAACAUCAAGUCAUUGAAAGAGGUGGAGAGACUGAAGGCCAGUCUUCAGGAAGCCGAGCAGGCCAAAGUAAAAAUUCUUGAAAGGGCAAAGAGACAUCAAAUCAUCUAUCAGAGCAACCAGCAGAAAAGUGAGAACGAGCUUCAGAUAUUAAACAACAUGAUCAACAGAGUUCGGGAGACCUUGCUGUCGUUGCCGGCAGUUGUGAAGAACUGUGAACAGCUCCAGCAGCUCGUUGAAUACAUUGGCUGAUGUGUUUAUUUCCCUCGUGUGUGUUUAUUCAUGUUUUAGUUUGUCUGCCUUCUAAAUGUUUGUAUUUUUA